CUCUCUCUCUUUUUCUCUCUCUCUUUCCCAAUGACGCGCCAUGUCUAAUCGUACCAUCAUCACUAACUUAUAAAGCCCUAAACCCUCGUUCCGCCAUUUAUCCCAAAAUCCUUGCUCUCUUCUCUACCCCAAUCGUAUCCGCCAUGGCUACUAAUCCCUCUCCUCCUCCUCCUCCUCUCUCUCCCUGUUCUCCAAUUUCCCCCUCCGAUACCCUCCCUGCCUCCGUGGAGGACUCGCUCCAGCGCAUCUGCCGCGACCACUCCCUCCGCUCCCCCGAUCGCGAGGCUCGCCUCGCGCUCGCCCGCCUCGGAGAGGCCGCGUCGCUCCAGAUACUGCGCGAGAUCGCAGCGUCGCGCAAGAUCAGCAGCCUCUCCGGGUUCAUCAUCUUCAUGGCGCGGAACUCCACCGUCGCCAUGGCGCGCAACGCCGAGGCGCUCUCCACGCGCGAGAGCGUCUGCUUCUCCGGGCCCUCCACCCCCGAGAUCAGCUCCUUGAGAGAUGAUACCUUGCAUCACAAGGUGGCUCCGAGGGAGACGGCGAUGGCAACGGGGAGUCCCAUUAGUGUGAUGGAUCGAAUGGAGAUGGCGAGUCCCGCUGAUGGGGUCGGUGAGAGGGAGAUAGCGAGUCCGGAGAUGAAGCAGAUGGAGUUGGAGAAUGCGGUGGGAGAGUAUACGAUGCGAGAGAGGGCGAGCCGUCAGAUGUUGGCAUUGGGUGAGCUCGAAUUUAGGAGGGCCUUCUUGAUCCUAAGUUAUCUCGGAAGGGAAAAGCUAGAAGAGAAGGUAUCCGUUGAAUUUAUUAAUUCUCUAAAAUGCUUACCAAUGGUUCAGUUUGAGUCAAAGGUCUGGGGUAAGCUUGGAAGCAAGUACGUCCGACCAUCAGAUCGAAUAAAGAUUCUUGACUGGUAUUCCAAUAAGACACAUGUGUAUCGCUGUCAUGUUGAUUUACAAGGCGAUGUGACAUUUAAGGGCCCCUACCUUCAGACCACCAAAACCCACUUGCAACGAGUCCUUGGGGAUGAUAAUGUAUUGUUAGUGAAGUUUGCAGAGAUGAGUGAGGAAAAUAAAUCUCCCCACAGCUUCGAUCAUUAUUGUGAUGUAUACAAUCGGAUUGCUGAGGAGGGUAUAAUGGUGGGCUUGCGUCGAUAUCAUUUCUUUGUUUACAAGGAUGGAGGCAAAGAAGAGAAGAAGAAAAAUCCAACUUCUUCAUCUGUUAAAUGCUAUUUUGUCCGCAUGGAGUCUGGAUGGGACUCGGAUGAGCCCUAUAUUCUUUCUGAUAAGUUAGUACAUGAAGCACGUACAAUUUUCAUGCACGUGCAUACGGUCCCUACUGUGGCCAAAUAUUUGGCAAGAUUCCCUUUAAUCUUGUCUAAAACAAUAAAGUUAGAUAUUGAUCUAUCAUUGGUGGAUGUCAGAAAGAUUGAAGACAUACCUUGCACAGAUGAAAAUGGGACCAUUGUUAAAGGUAAAGACGGUGAGCCAAUGAUCCAUACUGAUGGAACUGGACUUAUUUCUGAAGAUUUGGCUGUGAGAUGUCCUGAAAAUAUCUGUCAAGGGAAAAUGCUAGAAGCUAACCAGAACUCUGAAAUUCUGGAGAAACCUUUGAGUUUAAAGAAGCAUCGAUCUCUCAAUGCUGAACCACCAUUGCUUAUCCAGUUCCGAUUGUUCUAUGAUGGCUAUGCUGUCAAGGGAACUUUUCUCAUCGACAAAACGCUUCCUCCAAGAACUAUAUGUAUACGACCUUCAAUGAUUAAAGUUGAACCAGACCCAAGCAUGUCAUAUAUUCAAACUUGCAACUCUCUAGAAGUAGUUACAACAAGCAAUCGACCAAAGCGGUCAUUUCUAUCAAGGUACUUAAUCGCACUCCUGCACUAUGGAGGAGUUCCGAGUGAGUACUUUUUGGAUCUUCUGAUGAAAGCAUUAGAGGGUGCUGAGCAAACUCGAUUUAAUACAAGAACCGCACUUAAAGUUGCAGAUCAUUAUGCUGAGAUGGAUGAUGACCAUAUUACUGAACGAAUGAUAAGUUCUGGAGUUCCCCUCAGUGAGCCAUUCUUGCAGCAUCGUUUGUCAAUCUUUAUGGCAGAGCAAAUGAAGGGUCUUAAGGGAGGGAAGAUCCCCGUGGAUGAGUGCUAUUAUUUGAUGGGAACAGCAGACCCCACGGGAACACUCAAACCAAAUGAAGUUUGUGUUAUACUAGAGAAUGGACAAGUUUCUGGGGAGGUUCUUGUUUACAAGCAUCCAGGUUUACACUUUGGUGACAUGCACAUUCUGACUGCUACCUACAUAAAGGACUUGGAGAAGAUCAUAGGAAAUGCUAAAUAUGCUAUCUUCUUCCCUAUUGUGGGACGACGAUCUUUGGCUGAUGAGAUGGCUAACAGUGAUUUUGAUGGUGAUAUGUAUUGGGUGUCAAGAAAUCCACAGUUGUUGGAAUACUUUAAACCAAGUAAACCAUGGGUUCGUACAACUUCUGUAAAGAAGAGGCAACAAGAGGGGCCUUUGAAAGAGGGGCCUUUGAAAUAUUUGAAUGCAGAUUUGGAAAGGGUGCUCUUCCGGGAAUUUUUAAACAACAGAUUUAAACCCAGUUAUGCAAUUAGUGCGUCAGCAGACUGUUGGCUGGUUUAUAUGGAUCGGCUUUUGACGCCAAAUAUUCCUGCUGAAGAAAAGGAAUCUGUGAGGAGAAAGAUGCUUCGCUUGGUUGAUAUAUAUUAUGAUGCUUUGGAUGCCCCCAAAACUGGACUGAAGGUUGAAGUUCCAUCAGAGCUGUAUGUUAAAAAGUAUCCCCAUUUCAUGGGAAGGCGAGAUGAGGACUCCUAUAAUUCAACAUCCAUAUUGGGAUUGAUUUAUGAUAAGGUGAUGACAUUCCACGAAGAAAAGGAUGGAGCAAUUGAGAUUUGGCAACUCCCCUGCUUUACUACCGAGGAAGUUCCUCAACCAUGUUUUCAACUGUGGAAUAAUCGCUAUAGCGAGUACCUACAAGAGAUGUCUCAGCUAUGUCAAAUGAAGGGUGGUGAGUGUAAUGAAUUCAAAGAUUCGGUGUUUAGAGAAAUUUUCCGGAAAUAUAAACAGAUGUUAUAUGGAGCUGCAGACUACGAAGAGAGAGCAAGGCCGCGGAACGAGAUCUUCAAUGAAGCCCUUGCAAUCUACAGCAUCGCCUAUAACAAAGCCAAGAAUGAUUGUGCUGUUGGUAGAUGCGGCUUUGCAUGGAAGGUCGCGGGGGAGGCUUUAUGUGAAUUGUAUAUAAAAAAAAUGGGCUUGAAAUCGAUCAACUGUGCACAUUCGAUCCUUCGGGAAAUUGUUGGUUGACAAAGAGUUAUUCGUUGCACGACUCAGGCAUGUAAAUAUCAUAUAUCAUCGUUGUUAUUAGUAGUAUAGUGUUGUAUCAUUUGUUGUACCAGUGGCGUGGUUCUUUUAUUAUGUAUUAGCUUACAGAGAUUGUGGAAAACCUUUUCUUAGUAAAUAAUUUCCCUCUAUUUAUCUUAUCGAGUAAAA